UGCUAGGUCGUCCUCGUGGAGAGGUUGCAGAGGUUGAAACGUUAAUCUUUCCCCGGGCGGGAGAGCGCGCAGCGGGGGGUUUAGAAGACGCCGUGUUUGCCGUUCCCCCUCGCUCUUCGUGCGACCCCGGAGCUGUCCGCCGCCGUCUGCCUCCCAGCUCAUUGUUUGCUCGGCCAAUACAUUAGCGGCGACGCGCGUCACCUUGAUCGACGAGCGCCUGGAAUUUAAAUAGCCACUCAAACACCAAUCUGUCACCGGCUAAGGGGAUAAGGACAAGUGCCUCACUGGCUGACCUGCGGCCCACGUGACGACACCCGUUCAUUGAUAUCGGCCCGUGCGCGCCCCCCUCCCUCCCUCCCUCCUCUGAUAAGGACAGAGUAUAGGUAAAGGUUGGCACGGUCACUCAGGGUAAAGAGGGGAGAGAGGAAGAGAUCAGAGGGUGUCUGUAGAGCGGACGGUCCCUCGGUCCCGGUAGAAACAAUGCUACAAUGAGCAGCUUCCUAGACUACUCGGUGAUGAGCGGUGAAGGUGGCUCAUGCUCUGUCAGGGCUUUCCACUCGGACCACGGGAUAGCAACUUUCCAGUCCUGCGCGGUUUCUGUCAACAACUGCGGGGCGGAUGACCGUUUCAUGGCGAGCAGGGCUUCCCCUGACGGCAUCCCUCACCAGCCGGGGUCGUACCAGUCUACCGCGAGCUCCCUGGGUCUCGCCUACGGUGCACACCCGGCCUGCAGCUCCAGCUAUGGACCCCAAAGUUUCUGCGCCACGUACAACCAUUACGCGCUCAACCAGGAAGUAGACUCCACAGCUGGAUUUCCCCAGUGCGGCCCGCUGAUGUACUCGGGUAACAUCUCCUCCUCCGUGGUCUCUCAGCAUCGCCAGGGUUACGGUGCCGCCCCCCUGGGCCAGCUGCAGUAUGCCCACGCUGCCUACGGCGGCGGGCACGAGCAAGCGACGUCUUUUCCUGGGUGCUCGAACCCGCUGUCACCUCUGCACGCGGCUCACCUGGAGGCUUGCUGCUCACCUCUGUCUGAGGGCGCGUCCUCUGCACAGACCUUCGACUGGAUGAAAGUCAAGAGGAACCCACCAAAAACAGGCAGGUCAGGGGAGUACGGUUACGGGGGCCAGCCCAAUACGGUCCGGACCAACUUCACCACCAAGCAGCUAACGGAGUUGGAGAAGGAGUUCCACUUCAACAAGUAUCUGACCAGGGCGAGGCGCGUUGAAAUUGCCGCCGCGCUGCAGUUGAACGAGACUCAGGUGAAAAUCUGGUUCCAGAACCGGAGGAUGAAGCAGAAGAAGCGGGAGAAGGAGGGGCUGCUCCCAGCCAAAGCCUCAGCCUCCGACCCCGGUGAGGGCAUCCAAGAGAAAAUGGACGAUGCAGCGUCUGAGAAGUCUAUCUCAGCCCCCUCUACUCCUUCUCCCGCAUCCUCCACGGUGUCUUCCACGGGGGCUGAUCCUUACUCUUCCAAUUAAGAAUCAACUGCCUCUUUACCUCUUUGGGCCACAGGCGGCCUGUAUAUACCAAAGCCCAGUGUAUCAAAGCGAAAGUUCUGGUUGAUGGAUAACUUAUGUGAACAUUUAUAAGGAGUUAAUGCACU